AGUGCCUGCUGUUCCUACUGGUCCCGGACAGUUCAUGCCAGCGUGGGUCACACAAUCAGUUGGAGACCUGAUUUCACGUCUUGAGUGAAAUACCAUCAGGGGAAUGGACCCCUUUGUGGUCAGACAUUCAGAAUCCAUUAUCCGAGGAAGUCCCUGAAGGAUUAGAAGUGCUUAUCACCAUCCCGCCAAGAUGAAUAUGGUUAAAAGGAUCAUGGGGCGUCCGCGGCAGGAGGAGUGUAGCCCUCAAGACAAUGCUUUGGGCCUUAUGCACCUGCGCCGGCUCUUCACUGAGCUGUGCCAUCCUCCUCGGCACAUGACACAGAAGGAGCAGGAGGAGAAACUGUAUAUGAUGCUGCCGGUGUUUAACAGGGUUUUUGGAAAUGCUCCACCAAAUACAAUGACAGAAAAGUUUUCUGACCUUCUGCAGUUCACAACGCAAGUCUCACGACUGAUGGUAACAGAAAUUCGAAGGAGAGCGUCAAACAAAUCUACAGAGGCUGCAAGCCGGGCUAUAGUUCAGUUUUUGGAAAUCAAUCAGAGUGAAGAAGCCAGCAGAGGCUGGAUGCUUCUGACAACAAUUAAUUUGUUAGCAUCCUCUGGCCAGAAAACCGUGGACUGCAUGACAACGAUGUCCGUGCCUUCCACCCUGGUUAAAUGUUUAUAUCUGUUUUUUGACCUUCCACAUGUGCCUGAGGCAGUUGGAGGUGCACAGAAUGAGCUACCUCUAGCAGAACGACGAGGACUGCUCCAGAAAGUUUUUGUACAGAUCUUAGUGAAGCUCUGCAGUUUUGUUUCUCCAGCAGAGGAACUGGCUCAGAAAGAUGAUCUCCAGCUUUUAUUCAGUGCAAUAACCUCUUGGUGCCCUCCUUAUAACCUGCCGUGGAGGAAGAGCGCUGGGGAAGUCCUUAUGACCAUCUCCCGACAUGGUCUCAGUGUCAACGUAGUGAAGUAUAUUCAUGAAAAAGAAUGUUUGUCUACAUGUGUUCAGAAUAUGCAGCAAUCAGAUGACCUGUCUCCGCUCGAAAUUGUUGAAAUGUUUGCUGGGCUUUCCUGUUUCCUCAAAGAUUCCAGUGAUGUUUCCCAGACACUUUUGGAUGAUUUUAGGAUAUGGCAAGGAUAUACUUUCCUUUGUGAUCUCUUACUCAGAUUGGAGCAAGCAAAAGAGGCAGAAACCAAAGAUGCCUUGAAAGACCUGGUUAAUCUGAUAACUUCCCUGACAACAUAUGGUGUCAGCGAGCUCAAGCCAGCUGGCAUCACCACAGGAGCACCCUUCUUACUACCUGGAUUCGCAGUCCCUCAGCCUGCAGGCAAAGGUCACAGUGUGAGAAACAUCCAGGCCUUUGCGGUUCUCCAGAAUGCAUUUUUAAAAGCAAAAACCCACUUCCUUGCCCAAAUCAUCCUUGAUGCUAUAACAAAUAUUUACAUGGCUGACAAUGCCAAUUAUUUCAUUCUAGAGUCUCAGCACACACUGUCACAGUUCGCAGAAAAGAUUUCCAAACUCCCAGAAGUACAAAACAAGUAUUUUGAGAUGCUAGAGUUUGUAGUUUUUAGCUUGAAUUAUAUUCCUUGUAAAGAACUUAUUAGUGUUAGCAUCCUCUUAAAAUCUAGCUCUUCUUACCACUGUAGUAUCAUUGCAAUGAAAACACUUCUGAAGUUUACACGACACGACUAUAUCUUUAAAGAUGUGUUUAGGGAAGUGGGUCUUCUGGAAGUCAUGGUAAACCUUUUGCAUAAAUAUGCUGCUCUCUUGAAGGAUCCAACUCAGGCACUAAAUGAACAAGGGGAAUCAAGAAAUAACAGUUCAGUUGAAGACCAAAAAUAUUUAGCUUUAUUGGUUAUGGAGACCUUAACAGUGUUGCUUCAAGGAUCAAACACAAAUGCAGGGAUUUUUCGAGAAUUUGGAGGUGCAAGAUGUGCACACAAUAUAGUGAGGUAUCCACAGUGCCGGCAGCAUGCUCUGCUCACCAUCCAACAGUUAGUGCUUUCUCCCAAUGGGGAUGACGACAUGGGGACUCUGCUGGGACUCAUGCAUUCAGCUCCACCCACAGAAUUACAGCUGAAGACUGACAUUUUAAGAGCCCUCCUGUCAGUCCUUCGAGAAAGCCACCGUUCGAGAACGGUUUUUAGGAAAGUCGGAGGAUUUGUGUACAUUACAUCCUUGCUUGUUGCUAUGGAAAGAUCUCUGAGCUCGCCCCCCAAGAAUGGCUGGGAGAAAGUGAACCAAAAUCAAGUGUUUGAACUCCUUCACACUGUUUUCUGUACACUGACUGCAGCAAUGCGCUACGAGCCAGCCAACUCUCAUUUCUUCAAAACAGAGAUUCAGUAUGAGAAGUUGGCAGAUGCUGUGCGAUUUCUUGGCUGCUUCUCAGACCUAAGGAAAAUAAGCCCCAUGAAUGUUUUCCCCUCAAAUACACAGCCAUUUCAAAGGCUUCUAGAGGAAGAUGUAAUCUUGAUGGACUCUGUGUCACCCACUCUCCGGCACUGCAGUAAACUCUUUAUUUACCUCUACAAAGUAGCCACAGAUUCUUUUGACAGUCGUGCAGAACAGAUACCUCCUUGCCUGACAAGUGAGUCUUCUCUCCCCUCUCCUUGGGGUACACCAGCUUUGUCCAGGAAAAGGCAUGCGUAUCAUUCUGUUUCAACACCCCCUGUUUACCCUACUAAAAAUGUGGGUGACCUGAAAUUGCAUGUGACUACGUCAUCUCUCCAGAGUUCUGAUGCCGUCAUCAUCCAUCCUGGUGCCAUGCUUGCUAUGCUAGACCUCCUGGCCUCUGUGGGAUCAGUGACCCAGCCAGAACACGCCUUGGACCUUCAGCUUGCCGUGGCAAAUAUCUUACAAUCGCUGGUGCACACGGAGAGAAACCAACAAGUGAUGUGUGAAGCUGGUCUUCAUGCGCGACUGCUACAGCGCUGCAGUGCCGCCCUGGCCGACGAAGACCACGCACUGCACCCACCCCUGCAGCGGAUGUUUGAGCGAUUAGCCUCGCAAGCUCUGGAGCCCAUGGUGCUGAGGGAGUUUUUGCGUUUGGCAAGUCCAUUAAAUUGUGGUGCCUGGGACAAAAAACUGCUAAAACAAUAUAGGGUCCACAAACCAAGUUCACUUAGUUAUGAGCCAGAGAUGAGAAGUAGUAUGAUCACAUCCAUGGAAGGUCUGGGUUCUGAUAAUGUUUUCAGCUUAAACGAAGAUAACCAUUACCGGAUAAGCAAGAGCCUGGUAAAAUCUGUUGAAGGAAGCACAGUGCCCCUGACCAGGGUGAAGUGUCUGGUUUCCAUGACAACUCCACAUGAUAUCAGACUCCAUGGGCCAUCAGUUACUCCAGCUUUUGUUGAAUUUGACACAUCCCUGGAAGGGUUUGGCUGCCUGUUCCUGCCCAGUUUGGCCCCUCAUAACGCUCCUACAAAUAAUGCAGUCACAACAGGUCUCACUGACGGGGCUGUGGUCAGCGGAAUUGGUUCUGGUGAAAGAGUCUUCCCCCCUCCAUCUGGCCUAAGCUACUCUAGCUGGUUUUGUAUUGAACAUUUUAGUUCUGCUCCAAAUAAUCAUCCUGUCAGACUUCUUACUGUUGUUCGCCGAGCAAAUUCUUCUGAGCAACAUUUCGUGUGCCUUGCCAUCCUGCUGUCAGCCAAGGACAGAUCACUAAUUGUGUCUACUAAAGAGGAACUGCUUCAAAACUAUGUUGAUGAUUUUAGCGAAGAAUCAUCUUUUUACGAGAUUCUCCCGUGCUGUGCUCGCUUUCGCUGUGGAGAACUUAUAGUGGAGGGACAGUGGCACCACCUGGUUCUGGUCAUGAGUAAAGGCAUGCUUAAAAACAGCACCGCAUCCCUGUAUAUCGAUGGCCAGCUAGUCAACACUGUGAAGCUUCAUUACGUUCACAGCACUCCCGGUGGCUCCGGCUCCGCAAACCCACCGGUGGUCAGCUCAGUCUAUGCGUACAGUGGCACACCACCUGCCCAGCGCCAAGUCGCAUCGCUGGUUUGGCGCCUGGGACCCACACAUUUUCUGGAAGAAGUUCUACCCCCUUCCAGUGUUACAACCAUUUAUGAACUAGGACCAAAUUAUGUGGGAAGCUUUCAGGCCGUAUGUAUGCCAUGUAAAGAUGCAAAAUCUGAAGGUGUCAUUCCAUUGCCUGUGUCCUUAGUACCUGAGGAAAAGGUGUCAUUUGGCCUCUAUGCACUCUCUGUCUCCUCUCUGACUGUGGCAAGAAUCCGCAAAGUCUACAACAAAUUAGACAGCAAAGCCAUUGCAAAGCAGUUAGGCAUUUCCUCCCAUGAGAAUGCUACUCCGGUGAAGUUGAUCCACAACGCAGCAGGCCACCUUAAUGGGCCUGCCCGGACUGUUGGAGCCGCUCUCAUUGGAUACUUGGGAGUAAGAACGUUCGUCCCUAAGCCUGUUGCCACUACACUGCAGUACAUCGGUGGAGCGGCAGCUAUCCUGGGUCUGGUGGCCAUGGCCUCGGAUGUGGAAGGGCUCUAUGCAGCGGUCAAGGCCCUGGUUUGUGUGGUCAAGAGUAACCCCCUCGCCAGCAAAGAGAUGGAAAGAAUCAGGGGCUACCAGUUGCUGGCAAUGCUGCUUAAGAAGAAACGCUCCCUUCUUAACAGCCACAUCCUCCAUCUAACAUUUUCUCUAGUAGGAACUGUUGAUAGUGGACAUGAGACCUCCAUUAUUCCAAAUUCAACUGCUUUCCAGGACCUACUGUGUGAUUUUGAAGUCUGGCUCCAUGCACCUUAUGAGCUCCAUCUUUCCUUAUUUGAACACUUCAUUGAACUGCUCACAGAAUCCAGUGAAGCUUCAAAGAAUGCCAAAUUGAUGAGGGAAUUCCAGUUAAUCCCAAAGCUACUUCUGACACUUCGAGAUAUGUCUUUAUCCCAACCUACCAUUGCUGCUAUUAGUAAUGUUCUGAGCUUCCUAUUGCAGGGUUUCCCCAAUAGCAAUGAUCUUCUCAGGUUUGGCCAGUUUAUUUCUUCUACUUUGCCUACCUUUGCAGUUUGUGAAAAAUUUGUCGUUAUGGAGAUAAACAAUGAAGAAAAGCUUGAAAUUGGAACCGAAGAAGAAUUUGGAGGCCUUGUAUCUGCUAAUCUGAUACUUUUGAGGAACAGACUUCUUGAUAUCUUGCUAAAAUUAAUUUACACAUCAAAAGAAAAAACAAGUAUUAAUUUACAAGCUUGUGAAGAACUGGUGAAGACGCUGGGGUUUGACUGGAUCAUGAUGUUCAUGGAAGAACACUUGCAUUCCACCACAGUGACAGCUGCCCUCAGGAUUCUGGUUGUCCUCCUGAGUAAUCAGUCUAUUCUCAUCAAGUUUAAAGAAGGACUUAGUGGUGGAGGCUGGUUGGAACAGACCGAUUCUGUUUUAACCAAUAAGAUCGGGACUGUAUUAGGUUUCAACGUGGGCAGGAGUGCUGGUGGGCGAUCCACGGUCAGGGAGAUUAACCGGGACGCUUGUCACUUUCCUGGCUUUCCAGUUCUUCAGUCAUUUCUUCCUAAACAUACUAAUGUCCCCGCCCUCUAUUUUCUCCUCAUGGCAUUGUUUCUGCAGCAGCCAGUUAGCGAGCUGCCUGAGAACCUACAGGUCAGUGUGCCUGUCAUCAGCAGCCGAUGUAAGCAGGGUUGCCAGUUUGAUUUGGAUUCCAUUUGGACAUUUAUCUUUGGAGUUCCUGCAUCCAGUGGAACCGUUGUCUCUUCUAUCCAUAACGUCUGUACAGAAGCUGCUUUUUUAUUGCUGGGAAUGCUCCGCAGCAUGCUGAAUUCACCUUGGCAGUCAGAAGAAGAGGGUUCGUGGCUCCGGGAGUAUCCAGUGACCCUGAUGCAGUUCUUCAGAUACUUGUACCACAAUGUUCCUGACUUGGCCUCCAUGUGGAUGAGUCCAGAUUUCCUGUGUGCUCUCGCAGCGACCGUCUUCCCCUUCAACAUUCGACCUUACUCAGAGAUGGUUACAGAUCUUGAUGAUGAAGUCGGAUCUCCAGCAGAAGAAUUUAAAGCCUUUGCAGCAGACACUGGAAUGAACAGAAGCCAGUCAGAGUACUGCAAUGUGGGCACCAAGACUUACCUCACCAAUCAUCCAGCUAAAAAGUUUGUUUUUGACUUUAUGCGGGUCUUGAUAAUAGACAACCUCUGUCUUACCCCUGCCAGCAAACAGACUCCACUGAUUGAUCUUUUGUUGGAGGCUUCCCCUGAAAGAUCAACAAGAACUCAGCAAAAAGAAUUUCAGACCUACAUUUUGGACAGUGUGAUGGACCAUUUGCUUGCAGCUGAUGUUUUGUUGGGGGAAGAUGCCUCUCUACCUAUCACCAGUGGAGGAAGCUACCAGGUAUUGGUGAACAAUGUGUUUUAUUUCACACAACGUGUGGUGGACAAGCUUUGGCAAGGCAUGUUCAACAAGGAAUCUAAACUUCUUAUAGAUUUUAUAAUUCAACUAAUCGCACAGUCCAAAAGAAGAUCGCAGGGCUUGUCAUUGGAUGCGGUUUAUCACUGCCUCAAUCGGACCAUCUUGUAUCAAUUUUCACGAGCACAUAAAACUGUUCCACAGCAAGUCGCUCUCCUUGACUCGCUCAGGGCCCUCACUCUCAACAGGAAUUUGAUCCUGGGGCCUGGGAACCAUGACCAAGAAUUCAUUAGUUGUCUGGCUCACUGCCUGAUUAAUCUUCAUGUUGGAAGCAAUGUGGAUGGAUUUGGACUGGAAGCAGAAGCCCGCAUGACAACCUGGCAUAUUAUGAUUCCUUCUGACAUUGAAUCAGGUGGAAGUUAUAACCAAGAUAUUAGUGAAGGACGUCAGCUUCUUAUGAAGGCUGUCAAUAGAGUUUGGACUGAACUGAUACAUAGUAAGAAACAGGCCUUAGAGGAACUUUUCAAGGUCACCCUGCCUGUGAAUGACAGAGGCCACGUGGACAUUGCUAUCGCGAAGCCACUUAUUGAAGAAGCUGGUUUGAAGUGCUGGCAGAAUCAUUUGGCCCAUGAAAAGAAAUGCAUAAGUCGAGGAGAAGCUUUGGUGCCCACCACACAAUCCAAAUUGUCUCGGGUCAGCAGUGGCUUUGGUCUUUCCAAGUUAACAGGAUCAAGGAGGAAUCGCAAGGAAAGUGGGCUUAAUAAACACAGCCUUUCCACCCAGGAGAUCUCUCAAUGGAUGUUCACACACAUUGCUGUUGUUCGUGACUUGGUGGAUACACAAUAUAAGGAGUAUCAGGAGCGUCAGCAGAACGCCCUGAAGUAUGUGACAGAAGAGUGGUGCCAGAUCGAGUACGAGUUGCUGCGGGAGCGUGGGCUCUGGGGACCCCCCAUUGGCUCCCAUCUAGACAAAUGGAUGUUGGAGAUGACAGAAGGUCCCUGCAGAAUGAGGAAGAAAAUGGUGCGCAAUGACAUGUUUUAUAAUCACUACCCUUACGUACCAGAAACAGAACAAGAGACAAAUGUGGCGUCUGAGAUCCCAAGUAAACAGCCUGAGAUACCUGAUGAUACCAUUCCUCAAAAGAAACCUGCUAGAUACAGAAGAGCCAUAAGUUAUGACAGUAAGGAAUACUACAUGCGCCUCGCCUCUGGCAAUGCAGCCAUCGUCCAAGACGCCAUUGUGGAAAGCUCUGAGGGAGAAGCUGCUCAGCAAGAGCCAGAGCAUGGGGAAGACACCAUUGCAAAGGUCAAAGGCCUGGUCAAACCACCUCUGAAACGGUCUCGAUCUGCACCUGAUGGCGGAGAUGAGGAGAACCAAGAGCAGCUCCAGGACCAGAUUGCUGAGGGCAACUCUAUAGAGGAGGAGGAGAAAACAGACAAUGCCACCUUACUGCGCCUUCUAGAGGAAGGCGAAAAGAUCCAACAUAUGUAUCGUUGUGCUCGAGUCCAGGGCCUAGAUACUAGUGAGGGCCUUCUGCUCUUCGGCAAAGAACAUUUUUAUGUGAUUGAUGGAUUUACAAUGACAGCAACCAGGGAAAUAAGAGAUAUUGAAACCUUACCUCCAAAUAUGCAUGAGCCUAUCAUCCCCAGAGGAGCUCGGCAAAGCCCCAGCCAACUCAAAAGAACAUGCAGCAUAUUCGCGUAUGAAGACAUCAAGGAAGUGCAUAAGAGGAGAUAUCUCCUGCAGCCAAUCGCUGUGGAAGUUUUCUCUGGAGAUGGACGGAAUUACCUCCUGGCUUUUCAGAAAGGAAUUAGAAACAAAGUCUAUCAGAGGUUUUUGGCUGUAGUUCCAUCUCUAACUGACAGCUCAGAGUCUGUAUCCGGGCAACGGCCAAACACAAGUGUAGAGCAGGGAUCUGGGUUGCUUAGCACUUUGGUUGGAGAAAAGUCUGUGACUCAGAGAUGGGAGAGAGGCGAAAUCAGCAACUUCCAGUAUUUGAUGCACUUGAACACUUUGGCUGGCAGGUCAUAUAAUGAUCUCAUGCAGUAUCCUGUCUUCCCCUGGAUCCUUGCAGAUUACGACUCAGAGGAGGUGGAUCUUACUAAUCCCAAGACAUUUAGAAAUCUGGCGAAACCAAUGGGAGCACAGACUGAUGAGCGAUUAGCUCAAUAUAAGAAACGUUAUAAAGACUGGGAAGAUCCCAACGGAGAAACACCAGCCUACCAUUAUGGCACCCACUAUUCAUCAGCAAUGAUUGUAGCUUCCUACCUAGUAAGGAUGGAACCUUUCACACAGAUCUUCUUGAGGUUGCAGGGAGGCCACUUUGACCUGGCUGACCGAAUGUUCCACAGUGUUCGUGAGGCCUGGUACUCAGCAUCGAAGCACAACAUGGCAGAUGUGAAAGAGCUGAUCCCUGAAUUUUUUUACUUACCAGAAUUCCUGUUCAAUUCCAACAACUUCGAUCUAGGCUGUAAACAAAAUGGCACCAAGCUUGGUGAUGUUAUCCUUCCACCCUGGGCAAAAGGGGACCCGCGAGAAUUCAUUCGAGUGCACCGAGAGGCUUUGGAAUGUGAUUAUGUGAGUGCCCAUCUGCACGAGUGGAUUGACCUCAUCUUCGGCUACAAACAGCAAGGGCCUGCUGCGGUCGAAGCUGUAAACGUCUUCCAUCAUCUUUUUUAUGAAGGGCAGGUAGAUAUCUACAAUAUCAAUGACCCACUGAAGGAAACUGCCACCAUCGGGUUCAUUAACAACUUCGGUCAGAUCCCUAAGCAGUUAUUUAAGAAGCCUCAUCCACCAAAGCGAGUGAGGAGUCGACUCAACGGGGACAACUCAGGAAUCUCUCUCCCACCAGGGUUAAUGAGUGACAAGAUAUUUUUCCAUCAUCUGGACAACUUGAGGCCUUCUCUAACACCUGUGAAAGAACUCAAAGAGCCUGUGGGACAAAUAGUAUGUACAGAUAAAGGCAUCCUUGCAGUGGAGCAGAAUAAAGUUCUCAUCCCACCUGCCUGGAAUAAAACCUUUGCAUGGGGCUAUGCGGAUCUCAGCUGCAGACUGGGAAAUUAUGAAUCAGACAAGGCAGUGACCGUCUAUGAGUGCUUGUCUGAGUGGGGCCAGAUAGUCUGCGCCAUCUGCCCCAACCCCAAGCUGGUGGUCACAGGCAGCACGAGCACAGUGGUGUGUGUGUGGGAGAUGGGAACCUCAAAGGAAAAGGCGAAGAGCCUCACACUCAAACAGGCCUUACUGGGCCACACAGACACUGUGACCUGUGCCACAGCGUCCUUAGCCUACCACAUCAUCGUCAGCGGCUCCCGCGACCGCACGUGCAUCAUUUGGGAUCUGAACAAGCUGUCGUUCCUCACCCAGCUCCGAGGCCACCGGGCACCAGUGUCUGCUCUUUGUAUCAAUGAGUUAACAGGGGACAUUGUAUCCUGCGCCGGCACACAUAUCCAUGUAUGGAGCAUCAAUGGGAACCCGGUAGUGAGUGUCAACACCUUCACGGGUAGGAGCCAGCAGAUUGUGUGCUGUUGUGUAUCCGAGAUGAACGAAUGGGACACACAGAACGUCAUCGUCACUGGCCAUUCAGAUGGUGUGGUCCGGUUCUGGAGAAUGGAAUUUUUGCAAGUUCCUGAAACACCAGCUCCUGAGCCUGUUGAAGUCCUUGAAAUGCAGGAAGACUGUCCAGAAACACAAAUAGGGCAGGAAGCACAGGAAGAGGACAGCAGCGAUUCUGAAGCGGAGGAGCAGAGUGUGGGCCAGGACUCCAAGGACAGUGGCAGCCAGCCAGGCAGCGGCAGCCACCGGCCCCGUGCCGCCUCAUGCCGAGCGACGGCUGCCUGGUGCACAGACAGCGGCUCCGAUGACUCCAGGCGCUGGUCUGACCAGCUGAGCCUCGACGAGAAGGAUGGUUUCAUAUUUGUGAACUACUCAGAGGGCCAGACCAGAGCCCACCUGCAGGGACCCCUAACCCACCCUCACCCUAACCUCGUGGAAGUGCGGAACUACAGCAGGUUGAAGCCAGGGUACCGGUGGGAGCGGCAGCUAGUGUUCCGGAGUAAACUCACCAUGCACACGGCCUUUGACCGCAAGGACAAUGCCCAUCCUGCAGAGAUCACUGCGCUGGGUGUCUCCAAGGACCACAGCCGGAUCCUCGUGGGCGACAGUCGAGGCCGCGUGUUCAGCUGGUCUGUGAGUGACCAGCCCGGCCGCUCAGCCGCCGACCACUGGGUGAAGGACGAGGGCGGGGACAGCUGCUCAGGCUGUGCUGUGCGCUUCUCCCUCACCGAGAGGCGGCACCACUGUCGGAACUGCGGGCAGCUCUUCUGCCAGAAGUGCAGUCGAUUCCAGUCAGAAAUUAAACGCUUGAAAAUCUCCUCUCCUGUGCGUGUUUGUCAGAACUGUUACUACAACUUACAACAUGAGAGGGGGACUGAAGAUGGGCCUCGAAAUUGUUGAUUUCGACCACGCUGGUUGGAGACCACGGCCUGUAGCCCUUAUUCGAAGUCCCCGUCCCAAGCUUUGCAGCUUGGAAGGCAUCCAACAGUCUCCGUUUACACAUCUCUUCACACCACAGGUGUGAAGGGUAGCGUUCUUGAAGGGAUCAUUCUGAAGGCGGCUGUGGUGCGCAGUGAUGGGCAGAUGCUAUCAGGUGAACAGCACAAGACAAAUCUGAGGUGGUUCCUCGAACAACAUUGUCAAUAUCCACUUCUCCCUGUUGACAGUAACUCUCCAAGAGAAAAUCUUCACUUUUAACUCUCCUUUCUUGCGUCUCAUUUUUUUGUAGAGUUCUUCAUUCUUAUUUGGAAAAAGCAACAACACCCACCAAAAAAAAAGGCUUUUAGAAAAUGGCUGUAAAUCUGACUCCUUUGCAAGUAACUGUGUAUAUUGUAAAUAGGUAUAAAAGCCUUUUUUUUUUUCUAAAUAAGGACUUAACUGCUUGUAACAUGAGACUUCAAAGAAAACCACUAACUCAGUGAACUUGGUUUGGUUUGUCUGACACCUCUCACCAACUAAUUAUAAAUAUGUUUUUUUAAAUCUUCAAAGACAUUAUCUGUGGUCUUUUUUCCACCCCUCUUUCCCAACCCAGGCUGUAUACCCGAUGUCCUUUCUCUCAAAUUGCUCACAGUAUCGACAUGUAAGCUAGGCUAAUAACCAAAAUCCUUUGGACCUUCUUUAGGAAACAGUGUGGGAGAAUGAGCAUUCAGCUAUUAAGAUCACCUGGAGAUGUUUGGGCAUUUUGCACCUGGCAGCGAACCACCUCAGAGUUGUUCUUCUGUCACUGGCCCCUGUACCGUGUGGACUGUUUGGUCUUAGCUGACCAUCUUAGCAUUGCAGGACAGUGGAGAGACGAUGGCAGCCCUGCCUCAGCUACUGGAAACAUUUUGCAUGUAACCCAAAUAGCUUCUCUCGCAUAGAACAACAUAAGAAGUUAUGUGUCCGUGUUGACACUAAUGUUCUACUAUAGCUUAUUUUCCAAAAAAGGGUGAAAGAAAAAAAAAAAAGAAAAAGUGUACAGAACUAACUUAUAGACCUUGUUGUAAACUGGAUCAUGUCAGAACUGCUUAAGAAAAAAAAAAAUCAACCUUUACCACUUAAUGCCAUCUACCUGAAAACAGUGAAAUUUAUACUGUAUCAAUGUCUAUUUUUUGGUUUUUGCUAUGAAUAUAAUUACAGUAUUUUAAUAUUUAGUUAUUUAAUUUGUUCUACGAGUUGGAUACAGAACACACAAAUCCAGAGAGACUAAAACUGGUGGGGGCAGAGAGAGAGAGGUUUCGUUUACAGAAGACAGGCUUUGGGGGUGGAAUUUUUUUAAAUGUGUGUUAUGUACAUAUAUAUAUACAUAUAUAUAUAAAGCAAAUGAAACAAUGAAUCUAGAUUUUAACAUUUUCAGAGAUGUAGUAAUAAGAUUCUAAAAAGCCCUGUGAUUUGAAAUACAUAGAUUCCUUUAUGGCCCGAGAAAGAAGACAGACCUCACACCACUGUGAAGGGAUCACGCUAAAAACAGUGGGUUUGCUUUUUCCCAACCCUUCAUCUCUAGGUCCUGGUGACAGGCACACUUAUGCACUAAAAUGCACAUAUAUGUACACGCAUUCAAAACUACUAGGCAUUGGUACAGCAGUAAUCUCGUACCUAAUGGGCUGAAACCAGCUUCAGGACAAAUUUGUUCUUCCUGAUAACUAGGUCUCCAAGAGAAAACUUUAAAGGCUGUUUUAGUGCCUUAUGCUUAACUAAAUUUAAACCUUUAUUUACCUAGGUGUGAACCUACAGUCUAUUUAUGAUUACAUAUCAAAAUUGAUUCAAACACUUCCAUUUUGAAAGGUUUAGAUAUAUACUUGUUAACUAAAGGAUUGUUGGCAUUAACGCUUGAACUUGAAGAAAAGUUGUGUUCUGGUUUCCUUUCUGUGUCUUACUCCUCCCCAGACCCCUCCUCCCCACAUACACCAUUUUAAGUGAAUUCUGAGAAAGAAUGCCAGAUGUUACCCCAUUUGCGGAAAUUGUGCUAUCAUGUAAUCAUGGGCUCUGCCCUUGUAGAGGAGUUGUAGCAGUGUUAUUCUACACUUUUUAAAAGAAGUGUCCUCCUUUUGUUCUCAAACCAUGUUUACCCCAAACCCAAUGGCAGAGGUGUUCUUUUUAAAGACUUGAAUAUGAAUGUGUGUAUGUAGUGAUUUCAAGGUUAUUCCUCUGUGUAAUAUGAAGUUAUAUGGGAUGAACACUUAAACUUUCCAACACAGCUUCCGUAACUAGAAGAUGGAAACCAAAACUUUCCUAAUAGUAUUUCCUCUGGCAGCUGGUGCUGUGGGCAACUGUUUUUUGUUUGGUGGGGUUCCUUUCAUUUUUGCUUCUAAGCAGAAGUCAUGGAUCACUCAUACCUACAUGUACUCACAUACAUGUACUAAUUGUUUCUCUGGAUGUCUCUGUGUUCCAACAUGUCUACCAACACAUCUUCAACAUGUGCAGCCACCUUUGUGUGGUCUGUGUUCUUUGAGAGUACCUCACAGGGCUUCUGCCAGAUCUUUUUAGUUCCUAUGUUCAUGCGACCAACCAGCCAGCCACUCAUCCACCCACCCAUUCAUCCAUUCAUGUCCAUUUAUCCAUUUAUUCAUCCGGGUAUUCUAACAUUCUCUGUCAUGCAACUGUAAUGUCAUGCUUUUGAAUAAAAGAAUAGCUGCCCAUAGCAGCCAUCUGCCUGGAUAAUAGCAAAACACUCUAGAUAAGUUAUUUUGCACUUUCUUAUGUAUAAAGUUGGUAGAAACUUAUUUUUGCUUUGUAUCAUUUAAAUACAUUUUGUUUUGGUAAAUGAAGUGUAUAAAAUAUUUAUGCUGUUUAAACUGUUUCUAGAAAGUAUUUUUAAUUUCAGCAAGUUUGGUUACUUGUUGCAUGACUAUUAACACAGCUGACUUUUUGUGUCAGUGCGAUGUAUAUUUUUUUGUCCUGUUAUUAACUUGUAAGCCCUAGUAAUGGCCAAUUAUUUGUACAGCAACAGAAGUAAAUUGAAGAUACUGGCUAAGA